CCCUGAAGAACCCCAGCUUGAGGCCUCCUCAUGGAUCAGUCAAACGCGACAUCAUUUGUGGAGGAGUCUACGAACACCUCAACUAGUAGGAACACCUCCGUCGGGGACCUGCGUCGGGAGAUUCCCAUCGUGCACUGGGUGAUUAUGAGCAUCUCCCCAGUGGGCUUCGUUGAAAAUGGAAUUCUCCUCUGGUUCCUCUGCUUCCGGAUGAGAAGAAACCCCUUCACAGUCUACAUCACCCAUUUGUCUAUCGCGGACAUCUCAUUACUCUUCUGUAUUUUUAUUCUGUCUGUCGACUAUGCUUUAGAUUAUGAGCUCUCUUCCGGCUAUUACUACACGAUUGUCACAUUAUCAGUGACAUUUCUGUUUGGCUACAACACGGGUCUCUAUCUGCUGACGGCCAUUAGUGUGGAGAGGUGCCUGUCCGUCCUGUACCCCAUCUGGUACCGAUGUCAUCGCCCCAAGCACCAGUCGGCCUUCGUCUGUGCCCUCCUGUGGGCGCUUUCUUGCUUAGUGACCACCAUGGAAUAUGUCAUGUGCAUUGACAGUGAAGGCCAGAGACACUCCCGAAGUGACUGCAGGGCGGUGAUUAUCUUUAUAGCCAUUCUGAGCUUCUUGGUCUUCACUCCGCUCAUGGUGGUUUCCAGCACCAUCCUCGUAGUUAAGAUCCGAAAGAACACGUGGACGUCCCAUUCCUCGAAGCUGUUCAUGGUCAUCAUGGUCACCAUCAUCAUCUUCCUCAUUUUCGCCAUGCCCAUGAGACUGCUUUACCUGCUGUACUAUGAGUAUUGGUCCACGUUCGGGAACUUGCACAACAUUUCUCUCCUCUUCUCCACAAUCAACAGCAGUGCCAACCCUUUUAUUUACUUCUUUGUGGGCAGCAGUAAGAAGAAGCGAUUCAAGGAGUCCUUAAAAGUGGUUCUGACCAGGGCUUUCAAAGACGAAAUGCAACCCAGGCGCCAGGAGGACAAUGGUAAUACCGCCACAGUUGAGACUGUGAUCUGAGGACGGUGGGGCGACAUGGUGGACAAAAAUUGUGGGACGCAGAUAGUUUGUGGUUUGUGCUUGAAAGACAACUUAAGUAUCCCCUAAACACGAUUCAGAAGGACACCCACCCUAUAUGCAUGAGACACUAAUCAAUGACGAGGUUGUAUUGUAUCUUUUGGAAACGCCUGAAUACGUGUCGGACCUCCUUCAUUUCCGUACCUAUCAAAAAAAUUCUUUCUUUUCCUCCUCUGAUUUUCCGGCAGCAUUUUCCCAUGAACUAUAAAAAUUACCCCGGCAGGAAGGUUUAAGGCUGUGUACAGGAAAGGGUAACAAAAGUAUUUACUGGGACUUGAGCAGGCAGAGAAACGUAGCGGGAAGAACAUGGGUUUGGGAAUCAGGCUGACUGUCGUUUGCUGCCCUUGUGACCUCAGGCAAAUGGUUUACCCUCUUGGAGCCUCAUUUCCUCACUUAUAAUAUGGUGACAGUCCCAGUCCAUCCCUCCUGGGUUUGUUGUGAAGAUGAAAUGGGAAGUUAAGAGAUGCAAAGCGCCUGGCGCAUGUCAG